AAACGCGAUGCUCCUCAGCCCGUGUCACUGAUUUUCCAGGGCGGCCCUGCAUCUUACAGUUUGAAUAUCACAGCUGAUGGAGAGGAGUAUUUCACUGAUAAUGACCUCUCGGUCAGCCUCAUCUUGUCACCAAACUAUGACCCGUACCACUAUUGCACCUUCAAGACUGCUAGUCAAGUAGCCUUCGCACCGUCUUUGGUGCAGCGCCCAGAGGACCUCUUUCCCAUCAACGAGAUUGCAGUUGGACCUCCGCAACCCAUCAUCUCUGUCAAAUGUAGCGGCGUGUGCCUCGGAGUGUACGGAGAAUGUUACAAUAUCCAAGGACAAUAUGUUGCGCCCUGCUGCAACGGCUUUUGUGCUGCGACCAGAUGCCGUCCGUGGAACGAGGGAAGCAGUUGA